CCAGACCUCUCUGUCUGCGGACUAUAUACCCUGCUGCUCCGGCUCUGCUGUAGCUGUGCUGCCAUGUCAGCGGAGGAUGUUAUUCCAGUCAUAUUUAUAAGAGGAUAAAUAAAUAAAUUUUUAAAAAAAACGGGAAGAUCAUAUUUUUUCCGUGGGAGCGACAAAUGUGGAGAGACUGACCGAGCCGGGGAGCGGAAUAUGCGCCACUGUCGGGCCAAGGCGUCGGAUGUUUUAGCGGAUACAUGUCCUGUAGCUGGAUGAUGUGAUUUCUCUCUCAGCCACACAGGAUUUUAAUGAUCGCACCACGUUUCAGCGGGAAUCUGGAUGCUGGAUGCUCCUCAUGUCACGCCACCCCGGACCCCCACGCUGGUUCAUUGGGAUCUGGACCAAUAGACAGACCUAGAAUAAAUAUAGGAAGGCAUUCAAAGUUUUUUUUUUAUAAAAAAAGAAAUCUGGAUUUUAAGCUUAUGGUGCCACCAUUAAAUGGAGAGGCAUAUUUAAUUAUUACAUGAGAGUGGCAGAUUUUAAAGUCUGAAUUUUUGAAUUAGUGGAAGGAGGGUUAUUCUAGAAAACAGCCUAUUAAAAUAUACAAACUAUUAUUCGAGUUUAGGUUGGGAACAGACUCCUUAUAUGAUCAUUUAGUCUCAAAUGCAACAAGAUAAAGUUAUUAUUCCAACACUGAGGAUGCCACCCUGGGCGCCCUUUCAAGGAAGGGAGUCUGGAGAAUGAAAUGAAAGCGGGAUUUCUGCGUCUUUAAUCGGACACAGAGUCAGAGGAAGGAGAUAGUCGGCAAGCCACCUUUCUUUUUUCCUUUUUUUUUUUUUUUUUUUUGGAUUGGUCCAAAAUAUAUUUUUGUGUUCCCCUUGGACUCCUGCACAAUGGGGAUUAUGCUUCAAGUUAUUCUAGGAAUGUUUCAAUUCCUCCUGCUAACCAGAAUACCGACAUCCCAUGCCAAGCUUGCUCACUGGCGGCCGGCAGACUCCCCAAAAUCCAGGGAAGGUCGAGAAGUGCGGCGGUGGUUGGAGGUUUAUUCACGCAGCGGCUGCGAGCCUCGGGACACUCUGGUGGAGGUCUGGAGGGAGUUGCCAGGGGAGACGCACCAUCUCUUCGUCCCGUCCUGCGUGUCGGUGAGGCGAUGUGGCGGCUGCUGUUCGGAUGAGGCCCUGGAGUGUUAUCCCUCGCUCACACACACAAUCACCAUGGAGCUGAUGAGAACCUCCUUCAUGAAACAUGAGCUCAUUGAGCUGUCAUUCGUCGAGCACAGUCAGUGUGAGUGCAGGUUAAAAGAACAAAUCCAGCCAACACCUACAACAAGGCCCUAUCUGAAGCCGACAAGAACAGACAAGAAAAAGGAGAGAGGAAAGUCCAGACAGAAGACAAGUGGAGCCAUCGGAGCUGCGACCCAUGCUCCCCCACGUCUUCCUCCCCCAUCCUCUCCUCCUCCCCCAUCCUCUCCUCCUCCUACAUCACCUCGUCCUCCAUCACAUCCACCAACCAGCAUCUCUCCCUCUCCGUCGCCGUCUCCGACACCUCGUUGCCGCCCCUGCAGAGGGAGGAAGUGGGCACUGGAUGCGACGUCUUGCCAGUGCCACUGCACCAUCAGAGCUGAGAGCUGCAGCCGGAAAGACCGUAUGCUCAACGUUCGCCGCUGUAGGUGUGAUGCCAUGAGGACUUGAUGUGUCUACUCUACUUUCCUUUCACCUCUUUUUUUCCACCAACCCCUGCUGAAUUCAUCGCCCACUCUCAGCAUCAGUGCCAUGGAGCAUAUCAGACGCUUGGACAUCCAGCAACCUCAGACUGAAGGAAAUAUUAGCAGAGGCACAAACAAGAACAUGUAGCAGCGCUCUUAGUUAAGCCACAAGUGCAGCAUUACAGCCUGAAUAUAGAUCUACGUAUGCGUGUGCAGCCGAACAUCCUACCACCUCCUCUGCUUCUGUGGCAAAGCUUUUGUCAGAACACAUGAACAUGCGUGUACAGACAUGUAGAGUCACAAAACACAUCACAUGAGUGGAGGGAUGAAGUGGCAGCUUAACGGCAACUUUGAGAGACAUGGAUUUCCGACAAAUUCUGUCUCGAUGGACACGAUCACACAACUCCUGCUCUGCUGUGGUUUGGAGGUUCUUUAGGUCUGAACAUAUGAUACAAGAUGAGCAGUGGAAACAUGACUGAUUAUACAAGAACAAUGGAUAUGAAGUCGAUUGAUCUUACGCAGGAGUCCUACAUGUUGACACUUCAGUGGAGGUUGUGAUUUGUUGAGAUGGAUUCCAGGGUGAAGUCAAGGCCAAUUUUUGUGUGGAGGAUUUGAAAAUCAACAGCAACAGAUUAUAGAUGGACAUUCACAUUCAGACAUACCAGAAGGACAUUGGAUAUGCACAUGAACUGGCACCCCAGUGUGCAUGGACCUAAAGCUGAACUGAAUGCUGGGAUGGAGAGUAUCUGUGUGGUCUCCCCACUGAAAGACCCAGAUGGGAUAUCCCUGCUGCCGUUUUCUCUCAUUCAAAGUGUAUGACCACGGGCUGGCUCUCCAAGCCGCUUUCCGGCAUUUGUUUAAUUUGGGUCUUUUGUCUCCAUCUUCCCUCGGCUUCUGGACUGAAAGCAGCCGCUUUGCCUCUCUUUGCCUCUCUUUUAGGCAGUGAGGAGAAUGACAAUAAUGAGGCCUGGCGGCUGUCCACUGCUUCACACACACAAACAUUCACACUUAUAAUACUAGGAACACAUUCGACACUGCAAAUGCAGGCACACACACAACCUCACUCACUCUGUGCUAUAGCAGGCACACAUACAUUCAUAUUUACACACGCACAUGCAAUGUGAAAUUAAUGCAGGUAGCCAUACGCAUUUGUUUGUGCCACACCGAGUGUUCAAAUAUACAUAUGUUAGUUGUUUAUAUUUGCAAUUUACUGCAAAGUCUUCAUUUAAUAUUGUAUCAUAUGCCUCUGUUUUAUAUUUUAUUAUAAUUCUUUCAAGUUGAUUGAAAAUUCUAUAUUGUAGAAUGUGAGCCUUUGUUUUGUUUGUUAAUCUUUAAUCCGUCUGCAUAAAGAGUCACGCUGGGUGGCCGUCUAUGUAUACAGUCAGCAUUUAAACCGAUACCCAAAUGUAUUGAAUUUCAACAGACACGGCUCACACAGGCCACAAAUGGGAGACUAUAUACAUUAUAAUGUGUAAUUCAAACAAUCAGCUGGGCAGUGUUGUCCGCAGCACACAGAAACCAAGCAAAUGGCCAUUCCCAGGGCCGUGAAUGAAAACAUGGCUGUUUUUGUUUCAUGUAAGAGCCGGGAUGGAAAGAAGUAUUAUUCGUUUGGAACAUAACUUGUUUGUAUUCUGACUGAAUGUCACGGUUUAACUCCAUGUUAGUUCAUGACUGCUUGGCUGUUGGGUGGGAAUGUCAGAAAGGACGAGGUCUUGAGCAGCUUGUCAGUCAGCGGGACAGGCUAAAGCCAGAGCUCAGGGGACCCAUUAUGGAGGGUCACGGAGUUCAGACCUUUUGUCCUGUGCUCAAUUUCACUGGGAACAUUUUACCAGGGAUGUCUUAUCUUCAUGACAAACAGUAGCUUCCAAAUUCCCAUAAUUAAUGUCUGUCCUGUACUUAGGGUUUAUAUGAUCCUGCUGAUUAAAACAGCCCAGCGGCUGAAUUAUUUGUGUGUCAGCCUUGAGCUAAAGAACUUUGUUUCGGUGGCUGGUGUGAUAAGCUCUAUAUUUAUUCUAUCCUGAGAUGAGAUUACUUUUCCACGCUUGAGUCCGUUCAGUGUUUAUUAUUCCUAUCAAUCGAUGCUUCAAUCACUACCUCUAUAUCACAACAUAUUAAUGACCAAGUAUUAGAGCAUUGUUGUUACCUUCUCUGUGUUAUGUCAGACCUCUUUUAAUAUAAUAAUGUUUUUAUUUACAUUUAGCAAUAAGCACAGUCUAAUGUAGAUAUAUGGAGCUGCAGCAGAUCUGUAGUGAUAAUCGCUGGUUUAGAGGAACUUAUAGGAGUUUUAUGUGUGUGUCUUAAUAAUCAGAUGGGAAGCAUUUUUCAUGUGAGGAGAACUGAACUGGUCCUCUGAGUACAGACCAGACACUGUGUGAUAAUGUGGAUCAGGAGAAGGUCUCCCAAGGCGUUUGUAGCCUCAAACUAUUGGUGAUGUUGAAGUCUUGGCUUUAAACGCGAAGUUUGGCAUUUUGGGAUAUACACUCAUUCCCUUUCUUGCUUGGAGUUAGAUAAGAAGAUUGAUUCCACACUCAUGUCUGUAAAAUAUGAAGCUGGAGGCAGAAAUCAGUUAGCUUAGCUUAGCAUAAAGACUGGAAACAGCUAGCCUCAAUUCUUUAUCUAUCCUUAAUUUCUUGAUAAUGUUGCAUUUUGUGGACAAUUUUUUGGGGAAACCUAAGAGUCCCUGAACCUCAGUACAGAUUGCACUUUGAUAUUGAGCUAUUUGAGAUCUUAAAGUACAUACUUUACAUUAGUACACUGAAGAAAAAAAAGCUGAAAGAGCGAAUGGAUUUAGAUUGUAAAGCUCCACUCAUGCAGACGUGUACGACAUAUUCAAAUACAUUCCACCUAAAAGAGUUGUGGCGCUGACAUCUCCUGUCCAAGUUUUCUAAUUUCAAAGUGCAAAUUCUGAACAAUAAAAGCGACUACAGCAAAUUCCCUUUAGAAACCAAUAGUAUUGGGAGACCAGGCGUCCCAUGUACUACGGCUGAGUCCGAAUUCGAAUCCAACCCAUGACCAUUUGCUGCAUCUCGUCUCCUCUCUCUCCACCUUCAGCUAAUAAAUAAAAAAAACAUUAUCUAAAAAAGAGAAAGCAUUAGUAUCUGCUGUUGCCUCCCAUCCUUUCAACAUCACCACUUUUUAAGAUGAACAACUUGGACAUAUUAACAUCCCGCUCAAUUGUCUUGAUCCUGUGUCAGUAUCAAACAUCAGUAGUGUGCGUUGUAUCUGCACAGUCUACAUCGUACUGUAAAUGUAGCCCUGUUCUAGCCUCCAGUGUCUUAGCCUUUAGAGACCCCUCACUAAACUAUAUAACAUUUUAUAAUCUCUAACCUGAAUUUGUGUACGACAUAGUGCAUACUUUACAGAUGUAUUUGUACCUUCAUUUUAGCUAAACUUUGCAAUGAAUCUCUUCUCUGCCGAUACAUUGUACUACUGUAGCCGAUAUAAAGAAAACACUCUUUUUUUGCUGCUACACCAUUUGUGCCCUAUUAUGAUGUCUUUGUAGAAAACAAUGCAGUCUUAUGUUGUAUUAGUAUAUAAAUGCCAAUUAAUCAAUUCAAUGUCCACAUAAAAGUCUAUACUGCAUCGUCAAAUAUAUUGAAAAUGAUACCAGGAUACAACCGUGAUGUUACAUAUGUUAUU